AUUCCUCCUACUGGGGUGUGGAGGGAGUAGAUAUUCUGGGAGAUCAUUGCCAGCACCUUGGAGUGGAACGUAUGUGUUCAGUGUCUUUAAACGUCACUGGAAUAGUCUAAAGCUUCUAUGGCGGCCUGUUGAGAAGAUCCUGGUCUGGUCUUCAAACUGAGCAGCACACAUGACAAGCUUGUUGUUUUCUCAAGUUUUCUGGUGAUGAUGAGCAGACUUGGCUUCAGGGUUCUUGAAUGCAGUGGAUCCAGUGCCUUUCUCUUGCCUCUGCACCCGAAGCUGAGCACGGUGGAUUAAAGAGGCUGGUGGGUGCAGAGGCCUGUCGAUCCUUUUAUCGGCUACUACGUCCAAACAGUGACGGAAAGGGAUUGUAUGCUUUCGGUUCUUCUGAAAAUCAAAGAGGCAGGUAAAGGAAUAUUUUUAUGAGGCACAUGUUAAUAAAGAUGGGCCAGGACCAAACAAAGCAGCAAAUUGAGAAAGGGCUCAAGCUUUACCAGUCAAAUGAGACAGAGAAAGCUUUACACGUCUGGAUGAAGGUUCUGGAGAAGACCACUGAUCCUGGGGGAAAGUUCAGGGCUUUAGGUUGCCUGAUCACAGCACAUUCAGAGAUGGGGAAGUACAAAGAGAUGCUAAAGUAUGCCCUAGCUCAGAUUGAUACAGCACGAGAGAUGGAGGACCCAGACUACCUAACCGAAGGCUACCUGAACCUUGCCCGCAGCAAUGAAAAGCUCUGUGACUUUCAGAAGACCAUUUCAUACUGCAAGACCUGCUUAAACAUGCAAGGCACCACUGUGAGCCUGCAGCUCAACGGCCAAGUGUGUUUGAGCAUGGGCAAUGCCUUCCUGGGCCUCAGCGUCUUUCAGAAAGCUUUGGAGAGUUACGAAAAGGCUCUACGCUAUGCACACAAUAACGACGACAAGAUGCUGGAGUGCAGGGUUUGCUGCAGCCUGGGCAGCUUCUACAUUCAGUUAAAGGAUUAUGAGAAGGCCCUGUUUUUUCCAUGCAAAGCAGCUGAGCUUGUCAAUGACUAUGGGAAAGGCUGGAGUCUCAAGUACCGUGCCAUGAGCCAGUACCACAUGUCAGUGGCCUACAGGAAGUUGGAGCGUCUGCCAGAUGCUAUGGAAUGCUGUGAGGAAUCAAUGAAGAUAGCUCUGCAGCAUGGAGAUCGUCCUCUGCAAGCCAUGUGUCUCCUGAAUUUUGCAGAUAUUCAUCGCUGCCGCAAUGAUGUUGAUAAAGCAUUCCCUCGCUAUGAGUCUUCAAUAUGUAUAAUGACAGAGAUUGGUAACCGCCUUGGACAAGCAGCCAUCCACUUAGGAGUGGGGAAGUGUUGGCUACUGCAGAAGGAGCUGGACAAGGCACUUGAUUCUUUUCAGCGAGCAUACGAGCUAGCAGAAGGAAUAGGAAACAAGCUGUGUUCUCUAAAGGUACACUGCCUGUUAGAGGGCAUCUACCGUAGCAGGGAGCAGCAGGAUGAGCUCAGAGAGCAGGUGGUGAAGUUCCUGCAAUGUGUAGAAGAGCUGGAGCUCUACUGUGGCAUGUGUGGCGAAUCAGUCGGGGAGAGGAACCAGCAGCUCCAGGCUUUGCCUUGCUCUCACAUCUUUCACCUCAAGUGCCUACAGACAAAUGGGACACAGGGAUGCCCAAAAUGUCGCCGUUCUUCCAUGAAGCCUGGUUUUGUAUGAAGCGGAUGUGAAGUUCUUCUCUGGACUAAGCGACAUAUCAAGGUGGCUCCACUUGAGAGCAAGACUGCACUGUUCUCUACCAGGAACAAAGGGAGUGUUAAAUUCCACCCUGUUCAGCUCAUCUGGAAUUAAUACCAAGACUGAAGACACAUGGAAAUAGCCAUAAAGGAGCGCUCCAACCACCGGCACAAAGUGCUACGAGACUUUAAAGAGCGCUCACUCAAUAUCUGUGUGUACGCCCUAGUGGGCUAGCCGGAGGCCGUGACUCAUGUACAGAAAAAACAAAACAGGUGAUGAGACUAGGGGUCACUAUACAUAUCAUCUUGCUACGUCAGUGUACACUGGCUUUGUAGCAUGGAUCAUGUUUUUAUGGAUUCAGGUAGAAUUUUCUGUAAAUUGAAACAAAUGUAGAACUGAUACUGAUUGUUAAACUGUAUUACAUUUUACUAUAUAUAUUAAUAUGAUAUGAUUAUUGCCUGGCUACUGUAUAUAGCUCUAACAAACCACAUCCAUUUAAACUUUUUAACUUAGGGAUAUAGUUAAUGCGCUGUAUAUACUUUGUACGACAGAAAAUAGUGUCAGUAGCUCAUUUGUCAGUAGUUUCAGGACGAUUCCGUGACUACAAUGAUGAUAAAAUCAAAUUUCAGCCAGCUGGGGUUUUAACACUAUAUUCACAAUAGACUCUCUCAACAAACUAAAAUACCAUUUUAUACUAAAAAUGUUAAUGUAAACUGAACCGAAUGUGUGUGUAAUGGUCCUUAAUCACAGUCCCAGUGAUGAUCCCUUUGCAUAUUUUUUUAAACAAUUCUAUAUAAUUAACACAGCAGAUAAUAAUAAAAUAAUUAUAUUAUUAUAGCCUAUAAAUAAAAGCCCUUCAUGAGUGAUUCAGUCCAAAAGCAUUGGAUCAUUAGGGACUCGAGCAUAGAAUCGUUUCACUACUGCAUGUUUGCUCAUCUUCCUGAUUUCCCUGCCCACGACAGCGCCAAUUUUUAGCAACGCUAUGUAUGCAUGUAUGCUAUUUUCCUAAAAUCUAUAGGUAGCUUAUUACAAAUUGGAUGCAUAUUACACGGUAGUUACACAGAUAACACAGUAGAUUUACUUCCCACAUGACACAUAACAUAAUGACACAGGACAUUUGGUGAGUUAAAGAUUAGUACUGAACAGCAACUCUUAAGAAGAAGUGAAUCCUUAUAACUACAUGGGAGCAAUGUGAGAUGCUGCUGCUCUACUGUUUGUGUUCGUUUUCUCAUUUCUUGAAUUAUUAUUAGUUAUACCAUAUGUUUGCAAAUUGAAUAUAACUGUCCAAUUUUACUAACAAAUCACAUGUAGCAAUUUCAUAUUCUGUCAACUCCCAGUACAAAACUACCUCUUUCCAUUUAUUCUUUACAACACAAGCAUGUUGUUUCUUCUUCUUCUUUGCUUUACGAUCAGAUUGAAGCUACAAAUAUAAUAAAAUAUAUGUUAAAUGUUUGGGAAUGGUCCUUCAGACAUAUCC